AUGUCAACAGGCAGAGGAAGAAUCUGGGAGGGGAGUGGGAAACCAUUGUACUGGUUUAUUCUCACUUACCUCCUCCUUCUGCCUCUACCAUGCUUGGGCUUCCUCCCCAAUUUUUGGUCUCGAGUGUUAACGCUGUCCUUUGACUCGCACACGCACCAGUACAUGACAGAGCAGGCCAUUCUCAACGUCACCUUGGAGACUCUGAAGGGCACCAAAAAACACCAGGGAAACCAUGCACAGGAACAGACCAGACUAGGCCGUGGCUUCUGGAGAGAUGUGAAAGAGGUGGUGAAGUCCAACGCUGCCAUGGACUUCCUGAUCUCCACCAGGUCCGACCCGGUGUACCACUUUGAUUCAGAGCGUGUGGACAGCGCCAUGGUGAUGUUACGGCAGGUGUGGGCUCAGACUCUGCUCUCAGUACGGGCCAAAGAGUACCAAAGUGCUCGCCACAGCUUGGGCCAGCUACUCCACUCCCUGCAGGAUUUCUACAGCCACAGUAACUGGGUGGAGAUGGGCCAGCACUCCAUAUACCUGCACCUGCUGCAGCCAGAGGAGCCUGCCAUCCCUGUGGCUAAAGAGGACACCCCUACCUGUAUGGAGUGCUUCAGUAUCACCUGUCGAAACAACCUCCUGCCAAGACUGACAAACACACAGCAAGACCCCCAGCUGCUCACCACUGGCUACUUCAGCACUGACCAUCUAAAACCUCAGGGUAAAUGUAGUCAUGGAGGUAUUCAUGACAGUAGCCGCUAUAUGGGGGCUAAAGGGGGCAUCAACAAGGACAGCACCUCACCUCUCUUCUCCCCUCACCAUUACCUCCAUGUGGAAGCUGCCACUUUGGCUACUGAGGCCACCCUGAGUGUACUGAGAGACCUCAGGGACACUGUUGGUCACAAAACCUUCCUCCGGCUCUUCAGUGUGAAGCAGGUCCCUGCACUGGUAUUUGUCAUGGACACCACAGGUAGCAUGUUUGAGGAGAUCACUGCUGCUCGCCUCCGGGCUCACGCCCUCAUCCAGAGCCGAGCCAACAGCCCUGGGCAGCCUGGCACCUUUCUACUUGUGCCCUUCCAUGACCCAGCUGUAGGACCAGUGUAUGAGACCAAUGACCCAAACCAGUUUAUGCAACACAUGGAGAACCUGACGGCGCUGGGAGGAGGAGACGAACCAGAGAUGUGUCUCUCUGCCAUUCAGUUGGCGCUCACUCACAGUCCACCACUGUCAGAGAUAUUUGUAUUCACUGAUGCCUCUCCUAAAGAUGCCCACAUGUUUGACGCGGUGAAGGCACUCGCACUUGAGAAACAGAGCAAGGUGACAUUUCUCCUAACUGAAGACCCCAAAUAUACAGAGACCAGAGGGAGGAGGAGGAGAAGGAGGAGAAAGAGGAGGAGUAGGGAAGUUUUGUCCCCUGAUCGUUUCUCUCUCUACUCUUCCCUGUCCUCCCUGUCAGGAGGAUUGACUAUAUUCACCACCAACUCUGACAUCCACAAGGUUUCUACCAUAGUGGAGGAUAACACAGCUGCUGACAAGGUGACCCUACUCCAUGUGGAGAGUGCCCAGGAGUUGAUGUCCUCCCAUUGCUUCAGAGUUGACAGCUCAGUAAAAAAUGUCACCCUACAUGUCACUGGCAUUCUGACAGAGUGUUUCCUUACCAAUCCUUCAGACCAAAGCCAGUCUCUGUUGAGCAAGCAAGGCCCCCUAGCAGAGUUGGAGCACUUUGAGGGUCUGUACCGCAUCAGCCUGCUUCCCCCUAUACAGCCAGGCCAGUGGAAAGUCCACGCCAAGAGUGACGGACACCUCACGUUCAAUGUGAUAGGUGACAGCAGUGUAGAUUUCCUGUAUUACUUUGCCACUGUAACCAAUGAGACACACCCAGGUCUGGCCAGAGUGGAGGGCAGUCCAGUAGCAGGUGUCCCUGCCUUUCUGGUGCUGGCUGUUACAGGCCUGGCUCCAGAGGACGAGGCAUCUUUCACUCAUGUGAUGCUGCUGGGAGGUCAAGGGGAGACGCUCCAGCAGGUGACGCUGAGCUCCCCCUCCUCCUCCUCUUCUUCUUCAUCGUCAUCCUACUCAGCGGACGAGCUGGUGGGAUGGCUGGACUCUGUUCCCAGCGUUCCCUUCUGUGUUCAACUUACAGGCCGAGACAGCAGAGGAAACAAGCUGGAGAGGGUUUCAACAGAGAUGGUGCAGCCCACUCGUGUUCAGAUACAGGUGUUGUCUGUCCCUCGCCUGGUACCCGGCCACAGCACAAUAGUGGACUUCGACAUCCUGAACCAUGGCCCGGCCCGACUCUUCAGUCUGAGCAUGGAUGAUGACUGUGGCUAUCUUCAUAAGAGUGGACCUCACAGCUUCCCUGUUGCAGAAAACGGGUCUUUCCAUGAGCAGGUGAACAUCCACACUCCUGCCACGGCUCAGGCAGGAGCGACUGUCACUCUUACACUCACUGUUCGUGUUCAUAACUCUACAGAAUCAAAUUACGCAGUGACCUACUUGACCGUGGUGCCCCCGGAUCCUGACACGUCCCCACCAUUCUGCUCUGCUGUAGGAGAGCAGUCCACCUGUCCCUCCAUUUGCACACAGUCUAGCUGGAGUGCGUCUCUGGUCGUGUCAGACAGAGGGCGCUCCGGCCUCGCUGCCCUCCAGCUACAGAGGGGUGAAGGCAUUCUGACUUUAUUCCUCAGCCCACCACCCACAGAGGAGUUCAUGGGAAACACCCAGCCUGGCACUGACCAACAAGAGGAACACAGGGACAUGACAACCAGUGGAAGCCACUACCACCACCACCACAAGGCCAGAUUAGAAAAGGGAGACUCCCCUUUAAAUGUGUCUGAAUGGGUCCUCGAAUCAUCUCAGCCACUGUGGGUGAGGUACACGUCCAGCUGCUGCUCUGCUCAGGCAGAGCUGCUGGUGUGGGAUACGGCUGGAAACAUGAAGCGCUGCAAUCUAACACCUGGUAAGCAGAGGCAGCUAAGAGACAGGACUAGAGAAACCAGUGGAGCUGGGCGGAUUAAACUCACAGGCAUCUUUUUCUUGCUCUUAAGCCUGUUGUGGUAUCCUCUGCUUUAGCUUGUUGUGAUUACUAAUGUUUUGCAGGUCAAAUGAAUCUAUGUGUUGAUCACUGGAUCCCAGUAUUCCAGACAAGGAGCUCAUCAAAGAAGAUAUAAAGCUUGUCCUUUUAUAAU